AUGACAAAGAAGAAGAAAAAGACCACAACAUCGACGACGACAACAACGGACCCAAAGCAAGUGGACGUACAAACAGAGCCGACACAUAAUUACUUGAAAUGCCUUCUCGAUAGCGCUGGCGCUCAAUAUAAGGGCUCACUGUUUGAACACGAGUGCAGAAUAGGAAUAUACGGCUGGAGAAAGAAAUUUCUAUACAUUUUAAUCAUAUUAAUAGCAGCGCUGGUCGUAUUGAACGCCGCGCUAACCCUAUGGAUCAUAUCUGUGCUCAAUUUCUCUAUGAGUGGUUUGGCAAACAUGAGGGUAGACUCGGAUGGCCUCACACUCAAUGGCAACGCUUAUAUCGACGAUCAUUUAUUUGCCACAUCCAUCAGCUCUAGAAAAGGCCAGAGUUUGAGACUUAUAUCUGACGACAACAUCACUCUUAUCGCCAGAAGCAGAACCGAUGGAAAGGUUACGAAUAAACUAUCGAUCGGUAAUUCAAGAUUGCGGGCCAUCUCUAAUGACUUCCGUAUUUACGGCAGAGACGGGCGGCUAUUGUUCGGCGCCAAUAGAGACAAAGUGACCGUCGCUACAGACACUCUCCAAGUGGACAAUUUAAGUGGAUUGCGAUUCUCGCGAUCGAUCCAAACGCCACUAAUACAGUCGACCGGACACUCAGACCUCGGACUCAUAUCGCCUGAGCGUCGGGUGACAGUAAUGGCCCCAAUAAGUGUGGCACUGGAGUCACGACUGGGCGAUGUGUCGGCCAUCAGUUUACAAGAUUUACGACUCAAGUCACGGCAGGGAAAACUGUGCGUUUGUGCUGACAGUGGAAAGCUGUUCACCGCACCCGCCGAUAGUGUUUGUGCCGCAGACGACACCAUUUGCGGACAAAAGCAUACCUUCAAAACAAUUAUCUCUUGA